AUGACACAGACAUGGCCUCCGUCUCCAUGCGUGGAGGACGAGGAAGUGGCUCUGGCGAAGGAACAUAUGCCUGGUGUUGCUCCCAACCAGCUGAAGAGCGAGAACCAACCAGCGAGCAGCAGAGGUUCUGUCGAUCAGUAUCCUAUCAUUGACGACACUCACGUUGCACCUCAACCCUCGCAUGGUCAGGAGCAUGGUCCCGGUAGUGCCACUCGGAAGAGUGGCCAGGAACCAGUCGCCAACACCGAGAAGAGGUUUGUGCUCGUACCCUCGCAAACGACAGAAUCAGAACCGGAAACUUUACGACCCGCUAAUGGCUUGCAUCGAUCAAAGUCGACUACCCAGCUGCCCCAGCCAGAUGUUGCCAGAGGCAGACCUCAUGUGACUAGAAUUCACACGGAUCUUGGUGCUGGUCUUGAUGAAAUGCGGACGGGGCAGCGACGGGCUCCUUCUCCCUAUUCUCAUACGCCGACCGCGUCGUGGGAUGCUCUCUCGCCGGAUGCAAACCGUAAAGAUAACUUGCUGUCGCCAAUGCACGCGCACGAGGCAAGAAGGGCGGCUUCUGUUCACCCCGGACCACGCGUCGCCAACCCUGACAUUAGUGAAUCAGAUCAGAAAGCGACAUCACGAAGGCGGCCUGACCGGAGCCGGAGUCGAGCCGCGAGGCAAAGCUUCUCUCAUUCAGAUCGAUCAGACUCUGAGAAGGUCAAGCGUUCUAGGUCCACCAAGCGAGACGAGAGCCCGGACAGCAGGUUCUCACGGCGUGCUCAUCGUUAUCAAAGCCCUGCGCCACGACCAGGUGCCUUCUCCGGCUAUACUUAUACCGGGCAAGAUCACAUAACGCCUCCUGCAACUCCGAAGCCGAACAAUAAUUCGGCGCGCUCGUCUGCAGUGGAGCAGACUCCCGUCUCUGAGCAGUCAAACAGCCGCCAUGUUCCAAGGAGAGUGAAUACUGACUCACCCAACACAUCCUCUGCCGAGGAUAGCCAUAACCGGCGUCCAAGAGAGCAGGAUGGCGUCAGAUCAGCUCGGUCCAGGCGAAGUUCGCGUGCACGUGGCGAGGCAGAAGAGAAAUCUUCGUCAAAACGAGAGCGCUCUCAACGACGUGACAGGCCUUCUAAAGAUGACUCUAGUCGAGAACAGUAUUCGUCGGACGAGAAACCCCGUCGCGGCACCAAGACACCUGUAUCGGCUCGGACACCGCUGACUAUGGAGGGGCUGCUUGAAAAUGCCUUCGUUGCCAACCAAAACAAGGGCUCAAGGAACGGUGAUGCUCGAUCUCGUCGUGCCUCACCAUGUGUUUCUCCGGCUCACAGCCCUCCUCAAACGCCUCGAGACGACCGAUCACCAAGAGACUAUUUCGAACAGAGCCACCACUCGUUAAAGCCAUCCAGGCAAAGGUCACGGCCACCGUCGGUCGACGAAACUCACUUGAAAGACCUCCGGAAUGUCAGCUCCUCUCUUCUUGGAGUGGCGACGUUAGGUGCCUCACUUGCGGCAAAAGCUAUUCCCGCAUUGACUCGGUCGAACACGUCCCAGUCGCUCGAGACGCCGAGCAGCGGCUCACAAAGUAGACCUAGUAGUGGGCAACGGUCAAGAAGACCCUCUCCCCUGCUGGAAGAAAGUCAACCAGUGUAUCAGAGUUUAUCCAGGACAAAUUCUGUCACAAGCCGGGAUGACAGCGCUGCAACCCGCACCACGACAUACACUGUUCAUGAGGAUCGAGCAGUGCCAAAGACCGCACAAUACACGCCAGCACCUCUCGAGGCUCCUCGGACUGCUUCUAGAGCAUCGUCCUAUUCGCACUCUCCUGAUCAGCCGCGCCCGCCAGCGCCCUUCAGAGCAUUUUCAACGACCACGACUCAAGGAUACCAGCAGCCAGGUGCCGCUCCUGCUCAACAGAUACUGCUAUCAAGCCCCUUGAAUCUGGAGGCUGGUACAGCGCUACCGAAUACAGCCGCGCGGCCAAAUUCGUUACCACCUUGUCCGCGGUCAAGGCCCGUUGCUGGCUUGCACGAUUGGUACACCAUUCGGGACAUGUCCUUUCUAAAUUUUUGCCCCUCGUGCAUGGGCUUUCUUGGGUCUACCCGGUUCCGAGACUACUUCAUCCCAAGCUUCCAGAAAGAUCCUCGCCAGCCAAUCAUUUGUGCGAUGAGCCACCCUUGGUUGCGUGUCGCAUGGCUCCAGUCAAUCAAGCAAGACAGGAAGGAUCUAGGUCUCAUCUGGCACAUUGCGCACGGUCCACCAGCGGGAACAAAGCCAUGCUCUGGCACGAAGAGUGAUCUGAGAAGAUGGUAUCAUCUGACAGAUCCCAGGACGAAGAGAGCAGUGGACAACUUCGAUAUAUGUUCCGCGUGUGUCAGAAACAUCGACCUGAUCUUCCCGAAGCUUCAGUUCUGCGUCUUCGACCGACCGCAAGACAAAAAGGAGGUCGAGAAGAUCUGCAAUCUGAAUACCCACAGUCGACACUUCCUGCCUAUCCUGAACGAACUGGAAAGGCUGUCAGAGCGGUCGAAGGAUUCAAUCAGGCAUCGAGAUUUCCAAGACUUCGUGGACUACAUCCGCCGCAUUUCUCGAAAUCGGCAAUGCGUGAAGGACACGUUACUGGCAACUCAGUCAUGGCAUUUCCACCCUGAAAUCCCUGAGCUCACGAUUUGCGAGGAGUGUUAUGAAGAGGUGGUUUGGCCACUGCGCGAUCGGCCUAUCGCACGCGACGUGUCCAAGACGCUGAAGCUUGUACCUCCGCUGCGCAAAAGCUCACUCCUUCCCGGCACAAGUUGUCAACUGUACAGUGAACGCAUGAGACGAGCCUUUCACGAUGCUGUAAGCAGGAACAAUCUGGAGAGUCUGAAACAAGUGGCGCAGUACCGGUACCACAUGGAGCACCGGCUACAGGAGAUGCAUAAAUUGUAUGAAAUGGAUCAGCAGGCGGGGAUUGACCGAAGGCAUGAGAUUGAAAAGAACAUCUCUAUCUGGAAGUCCAUUGAGUAA